AAAUUAAAUCCAACCCAACUCCCUCCUCCAGAUCGCGACAUCGCGCUCGAUCCCGUGCCCUACCCCCGUUCCCAGACCCGCGAAAGCUUGGUGCGGCGCCGACGACGGCGGCGCGUGGACAGGAGCGUGGUGCUUUCCACUUUCGUCGUCGGUUCCGGAAUCCUCAAGACUUGUUGGGCGCCGGCCGGUAGGGCUUCCACCGCGGAGCCACCGUGGGAGGUUCUUCGCUCUCCGGCCCCAAUUCUCCGAUUUUGCAGCCGCCGAAGUAGUCGACGCUUUGGUGGGUAAAAGCCAAGCAGCAGCAGAAGGAGGAUCUCAUGCUCAACUCUUAAAACACGAGAUCUCUUGUGUAUCACUCCGUUUCUAGAAAACUUUGCUAGGGUUUCUCUGAUCACAUCUGUAGAUUUUUUCUUUAAUUUUCUAGUGGAGCAUAUCCGUUGCGUUUCGUGAGCAGCUCGGUAAUUUUGUUUAUUGUUUAAUAUUUUUUACGGUAGCAUAUGCACAUCUUAUGUUUCCCUCUAUCUAAAUGCUUUUGCUUAUCCUGUUUAUCUAGUGUUUCUCUUUGAUUUUAUGCAGAUAUCAUAUACAGGCAGUUUUCUGCAGGUUAGUUUUGGUGAGGUGGACUUGAAGGCGUGCUUGGAGCAAAAGGUUCUUGAGUUGUGUUGUUGAAUCCAAGUAUUUGCUGAUCCAAUGUCAGAUUCUGGUGGGAUGACAAGUAAGGGUGCUGAGCCCAUCACCAUAGUUGAUUCGAGAUCCACCGAGAUACAGGCUGUGGAUGUGGCACAAACACAUGGGUCUUUGUAUUCAUCAUCACAGCCUGCUGUUCAAUCUUGGCCCUCAUCCACUGGAGAGCAGAGCGUGCCGAAUUCUAGCUAUUAUUAUGAUCCACAAAGUCAGGUCUCUAUGUCAGGAGAUGCCCAAGGAAUGUCAUUCACAUCUCAUGCAUCGACCUCGUCAAAUCAAGUUGGAGUGAAUUCUACACAACCAUACUCGGGUUAUGCACCUUACUGUUCUACCGUACCAUAUAACUAUAAUUCAGUGGGAUUCCAGAACUAUUAUUAUAGCAAUCAUCCACUAGGAAAUGAUUCUACGACUCAGCAAGUUGAAGGAGAUCAAAAUCCAGGUGCUGCAUAUCAGCCUCUUAGCGCAUUUCCGAAUUCAGGGUCUUAUGUUGCUCCUACUAGUUAUUUAGGCACUUAUUACAAUGCUGGUGAUAAUCAGACCGGGACAGGGUAUGAAAACAACAGCUACAAUUAUCAGACAGGAUUAUGGAAUGAUGCAAACUAUCAUAACUACCCGCAGCAUCUUUAUUCAAGCUACACAACUUCAGCAACAACCGUGGCACAGAGUUCUACAACUGCAUCAACGAAUUCUCUUUAUUAUCAGCAACAAUAUAACAAGUGGCCUUAUUGUUACAACCAAGCUAUGCCUGCUGUUAAUGGGAUAGCAGGGACUGAUAACUCACAUGCUGGCCCCAGUCUUCAGUCUGCUGGAUACUCAGCUGUUGGUGUUGGGGCUGGUUAUCCAUAUUCCAGUAACCAGCCACCUCCACCUGGCACAACAUCAUGGAGAGAAGAUUCCAAGCCGCCUGGUGUAUCUUCUUUUCAGGAAGCUGCUACACCAUAUAACGUGAACAAAACUUGGGAAGUUGUUCCUCCUGCGAUGCAGACUCCCCCAGUUAAUCAACAAUCAUACUUUAACAAUCUAUUGAAACCAACUCCUCUUCCAAAUGAGAACCAAGAUAAUCAACCAAAGGUUAUUUAUUCACAAGCUCCCCACAUUCAACAUUCUAGUUCUAAUCAUGUUCCAGAGAUAUUUCAGACACCACAACAAACAACCCCAACUACAGAGGUCCGCCAGUUUUCUAAAGUGCAGAUACCUACAAAUCCUAGGAUUGCUCCAAAUGUGGGAGCUAGUUUGCUGAAGACACAAAAGGAGAGUUCUGGUACCAAUGCACCAACUAGACCAGCUUAUGUUAGUGUCUCAAUGCCAAAGCCCAGUGAUAAAUCUUCAGCAGAAGACCAUGGGAAGACCAAGGGAACCUUCCCGCCAUCAUUAUGUGCUUACGUGGAUAGGUCUUUUGCUCGUUGCAAGGAUGAUUCUCAAAGGUCUGCUAAUGAAAACAUAUUGAAGCAGGUGAUUGCCAAAGCAACUGCCGAUGGAACACUGUUUACUAAAGAAUGGGAUAUUGAACCACUUUUCACGUUGCCAGUUGAGCAAAGUGAUCAGCAGAGUGGCUCUCCAUGGCCUAUCACUAAACGGAGCCCUAGCAGGAGAAGAAGUCGAUGGGAACCAGUUGCAGAUGAGAACUUGAAUGAUAAACUCACAUCUGUUGAUGAUAAUGCAACAAAAAAUAUCAGCUUGGGACAAGUUGAAGCAGCUGAAAAGGUUGCUGUCAAAAACUCUGGAAGCAAGUCAGUUAAUGGUUCUGUUGGCUACAAGUUUCUUCCCUCUCAACAGCAAUCUAUUUUACCUAAAUUUUCUCAGCGGGCUAUGAAGAAGCCACGCUUUUCUCACACUUUGAGUGCAACUGAAAAUGUUGAUCAUUCAAGUGAUAGUGACAAAGAGCAAAACCUGACAAAGUAUUAUGCUAGUGCAAUUGCUCUAGCUGAUUCACCGGAGGAAAAGAAAAGGCGUGAAAACCGGGUUAAACGCUUUGAAAAAGGACAUGGAAACCAAUCUGACUUGAAAAUUUCCAGGUCUAAAAUUGCUGCUGGAACUGGGACAUACACAAGUAGAACCAGUGGUUUGUUAAAACCUACAAGUUAUGAAAAUGGUCAAAGCAAGGCCGUGGAGGACAUUGACUGGGAUUCUCUCACAGUCAAGGGGACUUGCCAGGAAAUUGAGAAACGCUAUCUUCGUCUUACAUCUGCACCUGAACCUUCCACUGUAAGGCCAGAAGAAAUAUUGGAAAAAGCUCUACAUAUGGUUCAGACAUCUCAAAAGAGUUAUCUUUACAGAUGUGAUCAGCUAAAAUCCAUUCGCCAAGAUCUCACUGUACAAAGAAUUCAAAAUACACUUACUGUCAAGGUGUAUGAAACUCAUGCUAGGUUGGCUCUGGAAGCUGGUGAUUUGCCUGAGUACAAUCAGUGCCAAUCACAGUUGAAGAGGCUCUAUGCUGAAGGUAUCAAGGGAUGUUAUAUGGAAUUUUCUGCUUACAAUUUGCUGUCAAUUAUCUUGCACUCCAAUAACAAAAGAGAGUUAUUAUCAUCAAUGGCAAGGCUAUCAGCUGAUGCAAAAAGUGAUAAAGCUGUGAAACAUGCUCUCUCAGUUCACUCUGCUGUUUCAUCUGGGAAUUAUAUCCUCUUUUUCAGACUCUACAAAGAAGCACCCAACUUAAACACUUUCUUCAUGAAUAUCUACAUGGAGAAGAUGAGAUUUGAGGCGAUGAAAUGCAUGUGCAAGUCAUAUCGCCCAGUUGUCCCUGUUUCAUAUAUUACUCGAGCCUUGGGCUUCUCAAAAUCGACUCAAGGAGAAGAAAUUGAGGAUGCAAGCAUCGAUGGAUAUGAAGAGUGUGAGGAAUGGUUAAGGGCACAUGGAGCAGUUAUCACUUCUAGUAAUGCAGAGUUGCAGCUGGACACAAAGGCUUCUGCAUCCACACUUUAUAUGCCAGAAGUAGAGGAUGCUGCUGCUCAUGGAGAUGCAAAUCUUGCGGUUGAUAAUUUUCUUACUAGGACAUUGUGAUCGUACCUGUAGACGUGUAACAAUGAUUUUGGAUAAUUUGAUUGAUCAUGCUCAUGUAAGGGAGCUACGUACAGUAAUAAAUGAAGGUGAGGAUGAAGAUAUAGCAAUGCUUGCCUGUUUUAUGUGGCAACAUUCGUGAAAACAAAUUGGGUGAACUUUUGGCAUAAUCUCUCGAUGAGAGGAACCGUUCGUGGGGGCAAAUUCUAAUCCAAUAGCUGGCCAUUUUGUGUAAUGGCUUGUUAUGAAGUGAGAUCAGCACAAAAUAAUGAAGUUCUGUAUGUAUAAAGAUGUUCUGGGAUUAACAGGUUGAUUGAAGAUGAAAGAUCAUAUCAGUGUCAUUCAAACUUGUAAGCAUGUAAGGUAACUUCUAUGUAAAUUUAAAUAUAUCAAAUGAAAACUAUUAAAUUCAAGCUCCUA